AGGAGCAAUGGCUGAGGGGGAAGACAAACCGAGAUGCUGGUGACCCUCGCGUCCAAGUGGAUUAUUGGGGCUGCUUUCCAGGGGCUUGUCCUCCGUGCCUUCUAAUUGCGCAUACCCCUACAUUCCAGCCAAUGAAGACCAGAGGCAACGUGAACAGUCAUUUAGAAAGCCCCCAGGAAGUGUAAACAAAAGAGAAAGCAUGAUGGGGUGCCGGGGAGACAAGUGUGUCCUGCGCUGCCCCCUCCUUUAGCUGGGCCAGCAGCUGCCCAGCCCUGCCUCUCCCCACCUACUUACUGGUGAUCUGACUUUUUUUUUCUUCCUCCUUUCUUUUUCCAUCCUUCUUUCUUAUUCUCCUUCAGGGUAAGGCAAGGAUUUGGAUUUGGGGAUCCCAGACGUGGACCUUCUGCUGCUGCUUUAAAAUACCAACUUUCUCCCCAUCGCCAAGCUGCGUUUGGCAAUAUCAGAUAUCCACUCUUAUUUAUUUUUACCUAAGGAAAACCUCCAGCUCCCUUCCCACUCCCAGCUGCCUUGCCACCCCUCCCAGCCCUCUGCUUGCCCUCCACCUGGCCUGCUGGGAGUCAGAGCCCAGCAGAACCUGUUUAGACACAUGGAGAAGGAUCCCAGCGCUACAAGGCACACAGUCCGCUUCUUCAUCCGUAGGGGUGCCAGCGCUUCCUGGAAGUCCUGAAGCUCUCGCAGUGCAGUGAGUUCCUGCACCUUCUUGCCAAGCCUCACAGUCUUCGGGAACUGGGGAGGCCGCCUGGUUUUCCUCCCUCCUUCUGCACGUCUACUGGGGUCUGCUCCAAGGCAGGCCUCACAGCCCCCCAGCCUUUCUUUCCGGCUCGCAUAUGAAGAUGCACUUGCAAAGGGCUCUGGUGGUCCUCGCCCUGCUGAACUUUGCCACGGUCAGCCUCUCCCUCUCCACUUGCACCACCUUGGACUUUGGCCACAUCAAGAAGAAGAGGGUGGAAGCCAUUAGGGGACAGAUCUUGAGCAAGCUCAGGCUCACCAGUCCCCCUGAGCCAUCGGUGAUGACCCAUGUCCCCUACCAGGUUCUGGCCCUUUACAAUAGCACCCGGGAACUGCUGGAGGAGAUGCAGGGGGAGAGGGAGGAAGGCUGCACUCAGGAAAACAGCGAGUCGGAAUACUAUGCCAAAGAAAUCCAUAAAUUCGACAUGAUCCAGGGGCUGGCGGAGCACAAUGAGCUGGCCGUCUGCCCCAAAGGAAUCACUUCCAAGGUUUUCCGCUUCAAUGUGUCCUCGGUGGAGAAAAAUAGAACCAACCUUUUCCGAGCAGAAUUUCGGGUCCUGCGGGUACCCAAUCCCAGCUCCAAGCGCAAUGAGCAGAGGAUCGAGCUCUUCCAGAUACUUAGACCAGAUGAGCACAUCGCCAAACAGCGCUACAUUGGUGGGAAGAAUCUGCCCACGCGGGGCACCGCUGAGUGGCUGUCUUUUGAUGUCACUGACACUGUGCGCGAGUGGCUCCUGCGAAGAGAGUCCAACUUAGGUCUGGAAAUCAGCAUUCAUUGUCCAUGUCACACCUUUCAGCCCAAUGGGGAUAUCCUGGAAAACAUUCAUGAGGUGAUGGAAAUCAAAUUCAAAGGUGUGGACAGUGAGGAUGACCAUGGUCGUGGGGACCUGGGGCGCCUCAAGAAGCAGAAGGGUCACCACAACCCUCAUCUAAUCCUAAUGAUGAUUCCCCCGCACCGGCUCGACAACCCAGGCCAGGGAGCACAGAGGAAGAAGCGGGCCCUGGACACUAAUUACUGCUUCCGCAACUUGGAGGAGAACUGCUGUGUGCGCCCUCUCUACAUUGACUUCCGACAGGAUCUGGGCUGGAAAUGGGUCCAUGAACCUAAAGGUUACUAUGCCAACUUCUGCUCAGGCCCUUGCCCAUACCUCCGAAGCACAGACACAACCCACAGCACGGUGCUGGGAAUGUACAAUACCCUGAAUCCUGAAGCAUCUGCCUCACCCUGCUGUGUGCCUCAGGACCUGGAGCCCCUGACCAUCCUGUACUAUGUUGGAAGGACCCCCAAGGUGGAACAACUCUCCAACAUGGUGGUGAAGUCCUGUAAGUGUAGCUGAGAUGCCGCCUGCGACAGAGAGAGCGAGAGAGAACUGCCACUGCCUGACUGCCCGCUCCUUGGGGAACACAAAAGCAACAGACCUUACCUGGACGCCCGGAGCCCCUGACCUUCGGCUCCAGGCAAAUGGCUGAGAUGGAGGGUCCUUUGGGAACAUUCUCUUUCUUGCUGGCUCUGAGAAUCACUGUGGUAAAGCAAGUGUGGAUUUGGUUAGGGGAAGGUCGAACUCUUCAGUCACACAGACUUUCUGUGCUGUAGACAGUGGGGAUGUAGAAGGAGGAAGAGGGAUGGAGAGGGGACAUGUCUUAUGGCAGUGGGAUUUGGGACAUCGUAGGGAGUCAUAAGGGCAGAGAAUGGCUGGGACAGGGCCAGACUGGAAGACACUUCUGAUCCAAGGUCAGAUCUGCUCAUCACUGCUUCACAUCAGCUCUAGAGAAUCUGGAUUCUGUUAUACAAAUUCUCCUUCAGACAGGUUACUGCGGCGGCCCAGCACUGUAGUUCAUACAGCCUGGGAGAAAGGAUAGAACUGUUCUUUUUGCAAAUUGUCCUUUCUACAUCAGUCAGCAUCAUGGGCCAUUACUGGGAGCAAAUCCAGGUAAUGAAGUUCUCGGGCCUUCAACUCACAUGGGUCCUGUAGAUAUGUUGAACUGAGAGCAGAGGGUAGGGCUUACCCCUCCUGUCUGCUUUCUGGGUUCCUCUUCUCGCUUUACUCUUCAAUUGUAUCUCCCCUUGGACAUUUGGCUAGAUACCUUCCCGGUCAAGUUGUGCCUAUCAGGACUGUGGGUCUGUGCAACCUCGGGGCAUUAUGGGUCUCUCCUUCCAUCUCCCAAGACCGUGUGUUCAUGUGUCGCCCCUGGAAGCAGGUGCUGUGCGUGAAACAUUCUGGGAAGUUGCAUGUGUGAUGCACACUGACUCAGCCCAGACGCACAGACUGAGGUAUAAAGAUAAAUACAAAUAUUACUCUCAAAAUCUUUGUAUAAAUAAAUACGGGGAAUCUUGGAUCAUUUCAUCUUCUGGAAGAUUGUUUCUAGAGUACUCGAGCAGUAAAAGCUGUAUUCUGAGGUG